UGUGGGCAGCGCGGGUACGGCCUGGCGUUGGGGUAACUGGGAGCCGGUUCCGGCCUGGUCUCGCCGCGCAGCACGGCGCACAGGCCCCGCCCCGCACUGUCAUGGCGGCUCCGGCCCUAGGAUUUUGCGUGUCGGCCUUGGCCAGGCACUCCGUCGCCGCACUUCGGGUUAUCGCCGUGUGCCGCGCCUGCAGCAUCGGCCAGCGCCAUCAGCAAGUCCGGCUCCUAUCAUCCAGAAAUCGCCCUGAAGGCAAAGUGUUGGAGACGGUUGGAGUGUUUGAGGCACCUAAACAGCAGGGAAAAUACGAAACAGGACAGCUAUUUCUGCAUAGUGUGUUUGGAUACCGAGGAAUUGUCCUGUUCCCUUGGCAUGCCAGGCUCUACGAUCGUGAUGUGGCUUCAUCCACCCCUGACAGUAAACCAGAAAGUUCAGGCACUCAAGGUUCCAAAGAGGUGAAAGGCAAAACGCACACCUACUAUCAAGUGCUGAUUGACACCAGGGACUGCCCUCAUAUAUCUCAGCGGUCACAGACAGAGGCCGUGACUUUCCUUGCUAACCAUGAUGACAGCAGAGCCCUUUAUGCUAUUCCAGGUUUGGACUAUGUGAGCCAUGAAGAUAUCCUGCCUUACAGUUCAUCAGACAGGAGUCCUAUCCAGCAUGAACUGUUUGAUAGAUUUCUCUCGUAUGACUCAGCAAAAGCUUUGCCUUUUGUAGCCAGGGACACUUUGCGUGCUUGGCAGGAGAAGAACCAUCCCUGGUUAGAACUGUCUGAUGUGCACCGGGAAACAACUGAGAAUAUUCGGGUCACAGUCAUACCCUUCUACAUGGGCAUGCGGGAAGCACAGAAUUCGCAUGUGUACUGGUGGCGAUACUGUAUCCGACUAGAGAACCUUGGGACUGAAGUGGUACAGCUUCGGGAGAGGCACUGGCGGAUCUUUAGCCUGUCUGGGACGCUGGAGACAGUGCGAGGAAGAGGAGUUGUGGGCAGGGAGCCGGUUCUAUCGAAGGAGCAGCCUGCAUUUCAGUACAGCAGCCACGUCUCACUGCAGGCACCCAGUGGUCACAUGUGGGGUUCCUAUCGCUUUGAGAGCACCAACCGGAGUCUCCUCGAUGUUCGUAUUCCACCAUUCUCCCUCGAAAGCAAGAACGGCGACUCUCCCAAUGGGUUCUUGCCAGGCCCAUUCUCCUCCUUAACCUAAGUAUGAGGGGGACGUUUCGCUUUGAGAGGCCCGAGGGUUCACAGCUCGAUGUGCGGAUCCCACCCUUCUCCUUGGAGAGCAAUAAGGAUGACAAGGCUCCCCCUGCUGGCUACAGCUGGUAGAUGGCCAUCUGCUGGAUCCUGACCUCACAGGGGCUGCUGCUGCUGCUGCUGCCUGGAACUGAUGCGAAUGGGGAGAAGCGAAGGAGAAUGUCUUCGAGUCAGCCUGUUGCAAACGUCCUGGGUUUGCUGUGUAAAACAUGAUCACGUUGUUGUAAAGCUCCUUUGAAACUGGA